GGGCCGCUCAGUCCCCUGCCGGCCACCGUGGAGUAGAGGCUGCCGGGUAGAUGGCGGCGGGCAGCGCGAGCUGCCAGUGACGGAGCGGCCAUGAGCGAGAGAGGGGAACUGGAUCUGACCGGAGUCAAACUCAACACCGGCGUCUGGCUCGUCAAGGUUCCUAAAUACCUUUCUCAGCAAUGGGCUAAAGCAACAGGAAGAGGUGAAGUAGGAAAGAUAAGGAUAGCCAAGAAUCAAGGUAAAACAGAGGUUUCCUUUACUUUAAACGAGGAGCUUGCAAGUAUCCAAAAUGCCAGCGGAAAAGAUGCACCAAUUAGUGCACCCAGGGAGCACCCGUUCACAAUGCAGAGUGUUGGAGGACAGACGUUAUCGGUUUUUACAGAAGGACCAUCAGGACAGUCAGAAGAGAAAUCUGAUGGCAACAAUGAAAAUCUCAUUACCAGGGCCAAAAGGACAAAACAUACUUUUUGAAAAACUAACCUUUGAAGGAGUUGUGGUUCAGCGUGCAGAAUGUAGACCAGCUGUCAAUGAAUCUUACAUGAGAUUAAAAAGGCAGCAAAUUGAAGAAUCGUCCAAACCAUUUCGUCUCUCCCUGCAACUGGAUAAAGCUGUAACAACAAAUUAUAAGCCUGUAGCAAACCAUCAAUACAAUAUUGAAUACGAAAGGAAGAAGAAGGAAGAUGGGAAACGUGCCCGCGCUGAUCGGCAGCAAGUACUGGAUAUGCUGUUUUCAGCAUUUGAGAAACAUCAGUACUACAACAUCAAGGAUUUGGUGGACAUCACCAAGCAGCCAGUUACCUAUCUAAAGGAGAUUUUGAGAGAGAUCGGUAUCUACAACGUAAAAGGGACCCACAAGAACACAUGGGAGUUAAAGCCGGAGUAUCGACAUUACCAGAGUGAAGACAAGAGUGAAUAGAGUAAUAAGGCUGUAUAUAACGCUAAGUAAACUAGCUACAGGGGGGAUUUCAAGUGAGACGUUCCAAGGUAUUGCCUUGGCCUUCAGUCAUUAGGAACUGAGCAAGGGUAUUUGCUUUAUUUAUCCAUUUCAAAGGCCAGAAUAUUUUCUAUGGCAACCUGUUUUUAAAAUUGAAGACAAAAACAUCCAUAACUAGUUUGUUUUUAUUUGAAACAAGAAAACACUUUGUAUCUUUCAAGUAUUUUGAUGUAGAAAGUUGAUUACAGUGAGGGCAUAUUUGUACUGUCAAUAAAAUAUUCUGUUGAAACAAU